GACGCAAUCAUCUGCAGACUAUGAUUUCUAGGUGAGUGACUAAGCAGCAUAUGACACACCGACAGUAGUUUCUAGACGUUUAAGGACCACAGGAGACAAAAUAAGACGUUUAUUGCUUCUUCUCCACCCCUCGGAUUCGUCGCUGCUUGGACUCGACCGACUUGCCUCCCCUCCAUAGAGUGGCUUCGCUGUCACUUUGAAUCAGAAAGUUACUUUUUUGAAACCUCGCGCGGACACUAUCAUCUCCAGCUAGCCUGGGAACAUUUAUUUGAUUUGUAAAAAAAUAAAUAAAAAUAUCAACAGAAAGGAUGUACCGAGGUCACGGAAGAGGCAACCCGGCGUACGCGGGCGGCGCUUCUGGGUCAAAUGCUGCUUCCCUGGAAAGCACCACUACUUCCGCUACACAAGAGCAGAAGUUCUCUAUGGCCGGCUCCAGCCAGUUCGUGCCCAGCCUCAACGCCAUCACGACCAACCAGGACCUCCAGUGGCUGGUCCAGCCCUCCCUCAUGCAUCCGCCGGGUCCUUCUCGAUCCCCGGUGCCUCCUUACCCGUCCCUCUCGAGGACUCGCCCGCAGGUUCCGCCGCCACCUCCUCCGCCGUCAUCCCAUUCCUACUUCAUCAGGCCGGGGGUCAUCAGAGCGGGCGCAAACUCGGUCACGGGGUCGACGCGGCGGAGGAACGACGAACACUUGUCUCAUGAGGAGCUGGACAGACGGAGAAUAAGGAGAGAGCGCAACAAACUGGCAGCGGCCAAAUGUCGCAAUCGCCGUCGGGAACUGACGGAUACGCUGCAAAACGAGACAGAGCAGCUCGAGGAUGAAAAGUCCCGUUUACAAAAGGAGAUAGCAGAGUUGCAAAAGCAGAAAGAGAAGCUGGAGCUGGUCUUCGAGGCUCACCGUCCAAUCUGUAAAAUCCAAGACUCCGACUCGGAUUCCGAGGCCAACGCCACGCUCUCGUCCUUGGCGGGCAUCAAGAUGGAGCCCAAGGACUACAGUGCGCCCGGACCCUCGCGUGCGAAGCAGCCAGCAAAGGUGGAAAAGGCCAAACCCAAGAUCACCAUCCCCACCAAGACAUCACCGUCAUCCUCCUCGUUAACCCUCGCAGUCAGCCAAGAGUCCGAGUCCCUGCACACACCCAUCCUGACGUCCACCCCCUCCUUCACCCCCUUCACGGCCAGCAUGAUUUUCACGUACCCCUCGGCCCCCGUGGACGCCUCCCACCAGGCCCCGCAGCCUUGCGGUGUGGCGCACCGGCGCAGUAGCAGCAGCGGCGACCAAUCGGAUCACUCCUUGCACUCUCCCACCAUCAUCACACUGUGACUGACGACGUGAUUUCAAAAUGGGCUUCAAUUCAUUGUUUUUGUCAGUUUUUUUUUGGGGGGGGGGGGUGAGUGGCAAAGGCCCAAUGAGGAUUUUUUUUAUUGUAUUUUUUUUCCACAUCUGCCUCACAGUUCUGCGGACCGGGGUUCAAAUCCCGGCCCCGCCUGUGUGGAGUUUGCAUGUUCUCCCCGUGCCUGCGUGGGUUUCCUCCGGGUACUCCGGUUUCCUCCCACAUUCCCAAAACAUGCAGGGCAGGUUAAAUGAAGACUCUAAAUUGCCCCUAGGUGUGAAUGUGAGUGCGAAUGGUUGUUUGUUUAUAUGUGCCCUGCGAUUGGCUGGCGACCAGUUCAGGGUGUACCCCGCCUCCUGCCUGAAGAGAGCUGGGAUAGGCUCCAGCACUCCCCGACCCUUGUGAGGGUAAGCGGCUCAGAAAAUGGAUGGAUGGAUGGAUGGAUGGAUGAUCCCUUCACAAUCAUAUUAGAGCUUUUAAUUGGCGCAACGCAAAGGUAGAAGUAAAUGGUUUAUUUUGUUUGUUGUAACGGUCCCUAUAUGUAGGUACUGUACGUAAUGAUACUACAUGAAAUCGAUCCAUCCAUUUAUUUUCAAUAGCGCUUAUAACAUUCAGGGUCGCGGUGUACUGGAUCCUAUCUCAGUUGACUUUGCGCUAAAGGCAGACUACACCCUGAACUGGUCGCCAGUCAGUUGGAGGGCACAUAAAGUUACAACCAUUCACACCGUUACUGAACCCACACUGCCUGUACCCAAAUCAGUCAAAUGUAGUACUACACCAUCAGUGAUUUACAACAUAAUUUCUGUCAAAUUAUUUCGCUGACCCUCAAACCACGGCUCGCAGACCUCCAGGGUCCCUUCGAUGCCAGUUUGAGAACCGCUGCUCUACUCGGUUGGCAUUGUCACAAUCCACUUAUUACGCUUUUACUUUAUGGAGGUUUUCUUAUCUACAUACUUUAUACCUCUCCUUUUUUAAGUGGCACAAUUGUGUUGAAGAUGAACAAUGCAUGCAGAGUAUUUUAUCUAAGUAUAUUUUGGUAAUUGAAUGUAAGAUUGCAUUUAAUGACAAUGUUACAUCACGGCAUGUAACAUUUUUAUGGAUGGGAAAGUUGUCCUUAGCUAUAUUUGAAAAAAAAUAUUUUACAAUUUAUUGACCACUAAGGCUGGGCCGUAGGAGUUGAUAGCGAGCAUAUUUAUUUGUGAGAGGGUAAUAUAUUUUUGAUAAUGGGUGGGCAGUGCCUUACUUUUCAGCUUUUAACUCAGCAGUGUUUCAGAGACAAUAAAGAAAGACAACUUUCACAACUGUUCAAAGGCU